ACAAGGCUUGUGGGCGGGAGGACAAACCUUGGGUCAUCUCAUCUGCCGCCACCGUUGCCACCACCGCUGGUGCUGUGGUUUCCCUGCCCCUUGUACAGGGGCGGCUCCUGUUAUGUAAUAUCAGCAGCCCACAGUGAGGCGGGGCACAGACGGUACAGCUCUGGCCACCUGGAGCGUGUAUGGGAGUAGCAACGGCAGCGAUGGAGGCACCCUGAAGGCUCUGAUCCACCUGGCCUGAAGAGGGGAACACCGCUCACCUCUUGGCAAAACUGGGGGCUCAUUGUCCUGCACAUUCUGCGAAACUCUUUUAUUCCUCUUGACCCCACCCCGAUCUACAUACCUGGCUGGUCAUCCAGAAAUUCCUGCAGGCACAGAGUGGGUACCCUUGUGGCUUCAUGAAUGUCUGAUCCAGGCAGCUGUGCGCUGCAGAUUCACAGAGCUGGCUCUGAGAGCUUUGCUGCCACGGCUGAUUUGGGGGGCAGCCUGCUGGAUCAGACACUGGGCAGGGCCCGAUGUGACAAGAUGUCCCCCUGCCCAUCCCAGCAAGGAUGGCCACGGGGUACCCUCCUCCCCUUAUAUAACCCAUUGGCAGCAGGGGAGCUUGGUUCACAACGGGAGCUUGGUUCACAGCGGGAGAUGGAGCUCACCUGGCAAGAGAUCCUGUCUAUCUCGGAACUGCAGGGCCUUGAUAUGCCAACGGAGAGUUGCUAUGAUCCCAUCACAUGUGGCCACCCCCAACAGAUGGUGCCACCUGCAAGUUAUGGACCCUGCACAGGGAUGGAGGACAGCUCACUACCCAACUACAGUCAACCCACUCCUGUGUAUGAACAUAUACAUCCAGAAACUUUGCCAGGCUCUUGUUCUCUCCACAGCUACACAGGAAUGCUGAUCUCCUCCCUUGAGCCUCUGGGGCCUGCCAGGCUGAAUGCAUGUAAAGGAGGACCAGGGAUAGCAUUGGGCAACAGUGUUUAUGGACCCCAAGGUCCCUGUAAGCCCCAAGAAGACAUGGAAUCAGACUCUGGCUUGUCACUCAACUACAGUGAUGCAGAGUCCUUGGAGGCAGAGGGGCUGGAGCAGGCAGAAUACACUUCCCUGUACCCCAUGGAACAUGCACCAGCAUAUCCAAUGCUGGCUCCAGUGUCAGAGGUGCCCAUCUGUGGCCCACACACAGAACUUUCUUUGGAGAAGGGACAAGGCCCACGAGGUGAACUGGCAGGUAGCCGGGAUGAACGGCGGGCCCUAGCUAUGAAAAUCCCUUUCCCUGUUGAGAAAAUCAUCAACCUCCCAGUGGACGACUUCAAUGAGCUGGUGUCACGCUUCCCCCUGAGCGAGCCUCAGUUGGCACUGAUUCGGGACAUCCGCCGUCGUGGGAAAAACAAAGUGGCAGCUCAAAACUGCCGUAAGCGCAAGCUGGAGACAUUGGUGCACCUAGAGAGGGAGCUUGAGGAUCUGAGUCGCGAGCGCCAGCGCCUGUUACGGGACCGUGGGGAGUUCAACCGGACAUUGAUGCUUACAAAGCAAAAGCUUGGGGCACUGUAUCACCAAGUCUUCUGCAUGUUGCAUGAUGAAGCUGGCAACACCUAUUCUCCAGAAGAGUAUACGUUGCAACUCACCGCUGAUGGCAGCAUCUUCCUUGUGCCACGGAAUGAACAGCUAGAUAUUUCUACUGACUGAAGAGGAUGAAGAGGACAGGUCCUUAUUGGGAACUGACCAAACCAUAUUGUAUAAGCAAGCACCAUUUUCAAGUGCAUACUCCACAUUUGUCUCAAGAUCAUCCCAAUGUAGGAAGUUUGGAUUUGAAACUCAAAGCCAUAUGACCAGAAUGGAAGACAAUAUGUUUUCUGAUCUAGGACAAAGAUGCAAAACCACUGCCAUGUAUUGCAUACAGGUAGGAUUGGGGACACAUUAUUCGAGUUUUAAAAAACUUACCCCCCCCCCCCCCCCCC